UGGGGCUUGUCUUGAGACAGAACUGUGCAGAUCGGUAGGAGGCUGCAAACUCGCGGAUUGCAUACAGCAGCGUCUCUCUGAGAUCUUUCUCUCUGUUUUUAGAAGAUUUUAAAAAAGGAGGCGUUACAGCAUUUUCCCUCGCUGGUUGAAAAGGAAACAUAUCCGGCGAUCGGUACGGUAGUUUUCUCAACUUUACUUUGGAAAAAAAAACUGCUUACUUUGAAUUGAAGCGAGACAUUCUUUGACAGUUGUGUAGUGGACUCUAAAGAGGAAAAAAGAGUGGUUUCAUAACCCCGAAAGACAAUUAUUAACUGCAUUGAGAACCGAGGGGUUGCCCGGUUUUGUAAUACAAUAUAAAGGAUCUACUGCUCGGCAGAAUAAUAAUAAUAAUAAUAAUAAUAAUAAUAAUAAUAAUAAUAAUAAUAAUAAUAAUACAGCUGCCGGAAUCAGCGGUGCUGUUCUGUAUCCUAUGUCUACAAAAAUGGAACAAACUUUUUAUCAUGACGACUCGUUUCUCUCUGCUUAUGGCCACCCAGACGCGGCUCUCCAAGACUACAAGCUGAUGAAGCCGAACAUGAGCCUGAACUUGAGCGAGCCGUACAGGAACCUCAAGUCCCACCUCCGAGCGGACCGGGGAGGUUUCUACACCGCGUCCCAGGACGUUGGCUCCCUAAAACUCGCCUCCCCGGAGCUGGAGCGCCUCAUCAUCCAGAACAGCAACGGUGUCAUCACCACCACGCCGACCCCGGGACAGUACUUCUACAGCAGGGGGAUCACUGAAGAACAGGAGGGGUUCGCGGACGGUUUUGUCAAAGCUCUGGACGAGCUCCAUCAAAUUAACCACAUGGCUCCGCCCAACGUGUCCAUCGGAGCCGGCGGAGUGACGACGUGCAGUGCGCCUUCCAGCGUCUACGGCUCCUCCUUGCAGCCGGAUACGCCUGUUUACACCAACCUGAACAGCUACGGCCCCAACACUAGCCUCACGUCGGCUUCCAAUUUCCCGACGGCUACGAUUAGCUACCUGCCUCACCAUCAUCACCACCACCAACACCAACAGCAACACGGGACCCCGCAUCACUUCCAGCACGCUGCGUCAGCCGCCUCUGCGCUGCAUCCGCACCGCCUCGUCUCCCUCAAAGAGGAGCCGCAGACCGUGCCCGACUUCCACAGCGGCGACGAUUCGCCUUCCAUGUCCCCGAUUGACAUGGAGAACCAGGAGGUCAUCAAAGCCGAGCGCAAGAGGCUGAGGAACCGACAGGCGGCCACCAAGUGCAGGCGGAGGAAACUGGAACGCAUCGCUCGCCUGGAGGACAAAGUGAAGGCUUUGAAAUCGGACAAUGCGGGUCUUUCCAGCACAGCCACGGUGCUCAGAGAUCAGGUGGCUCAGCUGAAACAGAAAGUCAUGACCCACGUUAGCAGCGGGUGUCAGCUCAUGCUUACCUCCAAGAUGCAAUCGUUUUAAAAACAAACAAACAAACAAGAAUAUAAACACUGGAUGAAAGACUUUUGUAUUAAAUGUUUUAUUGUGUAAAACAAUGCAGAACAGAAAAAAAAACAGGACUAUUUUCACUGCACUGCAUUUGGUGAAACAUUCUUGUGUUUGCUGUUGGAUAGGGUUGUUAUUAAUGAGCCAGAUUGAUAUCAUUUUGCAAAGGGAGGGAGAUAUGUAGCCAAACCAGUCAUAAUGGAAGUGGAGCGGGUUGGAUGAAUGGUACUUCUGGUAGAAUGGGGAUAGAAAAGCGGAUCUUAAGGGACCAGUGACUUGUAUUUUUUAAAAGGGAGAUUUUACGUUGUCGUAUUGUUACAGUACAGGCAACGUGUAACACAGAAACACUGCGUGAAAGAUGAGCAAGCGGUCAAACUAGUGCUAAAUAUCUGACUCAUUUCAGGAAACUAGUAACCGUUUAUCUGUGUCGUGUGUGUGUGUGUGUGUGUGUUUUUUAUUUUCUUCAUUGUAUUGUUAUUUUUUUUCCACGAUGUCAUUAUGAUGCUGCGUUUUGAAAAUGAUUUAAAUUAUUAUUAUUGUUGUACCGGGUUGAUCCCGGAUGCAAAAGUUUUAUUAACUGGUCUGUUUACGUUUCUGUUUGUGUUUUGAAAUAUUUAAUUAAAGUCUCUGAUGAAAAUUGA